AAGUACAUCGGGUAUUAAAGAAUAACUUUGGAUGUUAAGAACAAAACCACCAGUUGGGACACAUUUUCUGCCAUCUGCUGGAUGCUGGAUGAAAUGGGAGAUGUAUUGAACAGACUUGAUAUGAUGCGCAGAGAGGUUGCGCUCCUAGACCGUUGAUUUCAGACUGCUCGAGACUGCAGUCUACACAAAAACCUGAGUCCGCCCGGGAAGCAAUAAGCGAGUUGAAUUAAUCCUCGUGGGUGCUUCUGUUAGAGUGUCGCGCGAUAUUGUCAAUGAAUUAUUGAAAUAUUAUUUCAUUUCCGUGUUAUUUCGUAUUCAAUGGAGCAUAAUCAGAACACUCUACAUAUCAAAAGAAUACACUAAAGAACAAUUUACCGACGUAAACUUGGGCCAUGUGAACGUGUUUACUGUCAAAGAGAGCCACUAAAAAUAGUAUCAAGAUUUGAACAAUAAAUUUACAUUGGAAAAAAAAUUAUUCCCCAAAAUGAGACCUAGUAUUGUGGUGUCACUUUUAAUAUUCUUUUUUUUCUCAUAUGUUGUUGUGUCUGAAGCAAAGCUUCAACAGCAAGCAACAAUUGAUGCCAAUGACGAUGAGGAUGAUGAUGAGCGAGAUGACGACGAUGAUGAUAUUGAUAAUUCAAGACCAGAAGUUGAUGAUGAUGGAAGAAUCUACAAAAAUCCACGAAACUCACCGUCGGCAAUGUGUCCUAGGGACGAAAAACAAGCCAAAGUCUUGGAUCAAACUUGUCUAAGAAGAUGCUCAGCUGAUGAAGACUGCAAGAGCAAGAAGAAAAAAUGCCGAUGUGAUGGGCCUUGUGGAAUGUCUUGUAUUAAACCGGAAAAAGAAUGUGCCAAGUUAUCGGAAAUUGAUCAUGGAAAGAUGACAGUUACCGGAAAUCAUUUCGGAGACAACGCUCACUAUCUUUGUGAAGAUAAUUACUACAUCAUUGGACUCUCUGAAAGAACUUGCAGAGCCGACGGUCGUUGGACAGGUUCUACCCCAUCUUGUACGAAAGAUCGCAAUUCUUUUUGCGUGGAACCUCCAAAGAUCAGCAAUGCUAAACACUAUGCUCCGGUGGAGCAAAAAGGAUUUGAAUUGAAUACCACUAUUCAGUACUUUUGUGAUUACGGGUAUCAAGCUACUGGAUUUCAAAGCGCAACAUGCUUCUUAAUCAACGGUAAAGCUAGUUGGUUUGGACCUGAUAUUACUUGCGAUCCGGUGAACUGUGGUCUUCCAGCAGACAUCGCAUAUGGAUGGCAUGGCGGAGACUGUUACACAUUUAACUGCACUGUAACUUAUCACUGCGUUGAUGGCUAUAAAUUGAUUGGAAAAGCUGAGAAAGUCUGUGCAGCUGAUGGAACCUGGUCACCCAGAGAACCCCCUCAAUGCAUGCUUGGUACUCCGGCUCAAUGUCCACUUCCAGAGAACCCUCGGAAUGGCAAAGCUGUUUACACUUCCCACGCGUACAAUGCAAUCGUAUCGUACGAAUGUAGACACGGUUAUGUCUUAAGAGGUAAUAACACGAGAGUAUGCCAAGCAGAUAGAAAAUGGUCUGGCCAGGCGCCUGUUUGUGAAGAAAUUAAUUGCGGCCUACCUGGAAUUCUCUACAAUGGUUGGAUUGAGAAUAUUGAAUCUGGCACUGGACUAGGAGCAAGCAUUAUAUUCCGGUGUAAGGAACAUAUGAAGCUCGCAGGAAAUACAUCAUCUGUCUGUGAAAACGACGGCAAGUGGCGCUAUCCUUUGCCUCAAUGUCUAGCACCCUGUAUCAUCCCAGAAAUAGAGAAAGGAUCAAUCUCAAUAGCAUCUCAUGAAGUAAACCACAUCAACAAUGUGACAGUUGUCGAGCAUGGUGAAAGACUCAAUGUUCACUGCAUAGAUAAUUACGAAUUUGCUGCUAACAAUACGCCUGUUAUGUGCAACAAUGGAACUUGGACAAUCAUUCCUACAUGUUCUCCAGCGAGGUGCAAGCAAAUGCCAAGAGCACCAAAGAAUGGAAUGGUAAUUGCUCCGAAAAUGAAUCACGGAAUGCGGGCAAUCUUUAAGUGCAAAGAUGGCUUUACUCUUGUUGGUGGUGGACCAGAUAAUUCCUCAAUGUACGUUGAAUGUAACUACGGAACUUGGAUUGGCGAAAUUCCUCAUUGUGAGGAAGUUUAUUGUGCAUUUCCUGGCUAUGUCAAAAAUGGAAAAGUACUAUUAGUUGGGAAUAUGGGUGUCUAUGAUUAUCGUCCUUAUGUCAAGAAGGUUCCAAAUAAUAAACAGAUCAUGUAUGAUUGUGAUAAAGGAUAUGUAUUGGAUGAAGGUCCUACUGGAGCUACGUGUAUUGGUGGCAAAUGGAGCCCUAAAGAGCUACCUACUUGUUUACGUGGUCAACAUCCUCGAUUACGAUGGAGCAGACGUAGAAGAUCUGUUGACACUAUUCAAUCAAGUGCUAAUGCUACAACAAACUUUAAAAAGUUUAUCGAGUUUUUCCGGCGAGUUGGAAAGAAGCUACUUCAUUUAGAAUUGGAGAAAGCUCAGGCGAAUGAAUUGAGUGACUCUGAAUUAAAAGACGUGACGUUAAAUUAUGAGAAUAGCACAGAAGUAUUCGAUGGGAAAGAGAAGUUGUUGAGGAAAGUGAACAGAGGUAGAAAGAGUGAGGAGAGAAACAGAGAAAAAAAUAUUGAUCGGACAAUAGAUAAUUUAAUUUUGAAGAAAAAACAUCCUUAUCAUAAAAAUAAAUCCCGUUCAAAGGAUGAAAAAAUGAUUGAAUUUCUGAAAACAGUUUAUAGAAAACUAAAGAGAAUUGACUCAAAACGUAUGAAUAAUGGAACAAAUACAACAAUGCAUGAUAUUUUAAACUUGAUGAGCAAAAACUUUUUCCAUGUUGAUUUGUCUGAAACACGUAAAAACAAUUCAUCUCGUAAUCAUGACAGCUUUGAAGUUCGUAAUCAGCGUGAAUUUAUGAAACUGAAGCGAGAAUUUGAGAGAAUAAUGAGGUUCUACAAUAAAUCGCUUCGUUGGAGCGAAAAACAAAAUCGCAAAGAGUCGAAGAAAAGGAAGACAAAAGUUCACGACAAUGAGAAGAAAAACGAAUCAAAAUAUCGAAAACAUAACAAAGAAGAUAAAUUGAAAAAUUAUUAUAAAGGAUUUUAUGAAUUUAUUGAUGGAUAUGUUAAUGAGAGAUUAUCAAUUCUUGAAUCGCAAAAUGCCACUGAUGAUUUUAUUGAUAAAAUUGAUUUGGACAAAAUGUCAGGAAACAAUGAGUCAACAUUUACUAUUGGUGAAGUUUAUGCGUUUUUCAAACAUAUCAUAGAGAAUAAAUUAAAUAAUGACGAUUCAACAUCAACUCCAUCAACUACAAUACCAGAAACAACGUCGUCAAUGAAGACAUCCACAGUUUUGAAUAAUGAAAAACAUAAUCAAACAUCAACAACACCAGUAACAACAAUAAUCCCUAACAAUUUCACUACACAAAUUGAACUGGUAAAUGAAAUUCCUUUAGUAGAUAACAAGACAGAGAUAGCAAAGCAUCGCACAAAGAGGAUUCGCAAUGUUGCAGAACUUAAAGCCAACGUUACACAUCAAAACCGUAAGCUGCUCUCUGUGAGCUCACAACUCAGUCAUAGCCAAAAACCUAGAGUGAAACGAGGCCAGAGCAACGGAAUUCAAAAUUUGGAAUCAAAGGAGUACACUAGUGGAGAAUAUACUGCUCAACUAAGUGAUCAAGAAAGACAGUCAAGAAGAUUUAUAUCAUCAACAGAAAUAAACAAUCAAAUAAUGUUGAAAAAUUUAUAUUUAAAUGCAUACGAAGAUGAAUACCGAGCCAAUACUAAUCGUUCAAUUCUUGAUGAUACUUAUAACACUGAUGAUAAUAAUGAUAAUCGUGCCAAUCAAACAGUAUCACGACGUCGUAAAGGAAAUCUUAGUUUUUAUGAUAAUGAAUGAUAGGUUGACAAUUUAUUUGUGAUAUUAUUAAUUAUUAUUAAAAAAAAUUUAUUAAAAUAUUUAUCGAUUAUUGAAUCAAUUUUAGGUGAAUAUACACAAUAAUAUUAUACGAUAGUUGAUCAUUAAUCCUUUCCACCUUUCAUC